CCGAAAGCCGCACCAAGUGCUCCCACUCGCUUGCAUCUUGCCACGUCGCCAAGACUAUGGAGAACCUCACACUAUGCGUCUCCCGGCCUUCGUCCGGGCAGGACCCGCACAAGCCUGUGCUUGUAAAGUCCCAGCUCCUCGCCAAACUACCGGAGAACCAUGUUCUCAUCAAAAUAGAUAGGUUUGGCUUCUCGGCGAACAACAUCACCUAUCAGGCCUUGGGUGAGGCCCCGCACUUUCGCUAUUUUGACUUCCACCUUGCUCCGCGAGCGAAUGGAGCGACUCCUGAGACUCACGGACUCAUUCCGGUCUGGGGAUUCGGUACGGUUGUUGAGUCCUCUCAUCCCCGGAUCGGGGUCGGGGAACGUGUCUACGGGUAUUUCGCCCCAACCAAGUACCUCUUGGUUCCUGUGUCCCCGUCCGACGUAAACAAAUUCAGUUUCUACAUACCGAGGCCACAUUUACCUCCAGGCACGUUGGUUGUUACCUACAGGCUACAACCUGCGCAAGAGAACCGCCGGCCCUAUAAUCAAGUUAUUCGUUGUGUGUCAGAUGACCAAUAUGACCCAUCACCCCUCGCGGAGGACCUAACGAUGCUCUACCGCCCGCUAUUCUGGACGGCAUUCUGGUGCGAGAACUGGCUCAAUGCUUUCAGCUACCGCGGUGCAGACAGCUUCCUGAUCUCAUCUGCGUCUGCCAAGACGGCAUUCUGCCUCGCAUACCUCCUCGAUAAGCGCAGGAAAGCAGAGGAGAAGGCGAUCAAGGUCGUGGGACUCACCUCUGAAUGCAACAUUGCCUUUACGAGUGGGCUCAAGCUGUACGAUUCUAUCGUUACGCUGGAGUCGUCCGGUCAGCUGAAGCCCUCGACGGGUAAAUGGCUAUAUAUCGACGUUGCUGGCAAUGACAAGCUCAACAAGAGGAUCGCGGCUCACUUCGGGGGAAGCGGUUCCCUUGUUGCAUGUGUGCAACUCGGACUCACGAACCUCUCCCCCUCCGCCCCCGCAGCGUCCUCGACCAAAUUCACCACGAACACCACCCUCUCUGCGCCCGACAGGUUGUCGGGUCCGUUCGAGACGGAACAGUUCUUCAUGCCGGAGUGGCUCGCGGUCCAGCGGAAGAAGCUGCGCGUGGACGAUAUCAGGGCGAUGCAGACCAAGGCGUGGCAAGGACUCGUGCGCGACGGGAAGGACUGGGUGCGUAUUGAGCAUGUACGCGGCGGACCGGACAUCGAGCGGGCAUACCGUAAGGUUGCGGAACAGGGCACGGAUCCUAAGAUCGGAAUGAUCUGGAGCCUGUGGAACGACAUGGAGUUUGAACGGAGGGCAUCGCCUAAGCUGUAGGUCGUCUGGCUCGUCAGUAUUCCGUGUACAGGCCGGAAUGCAUAUUCACGUUACCGCACGAAAUCAAGAGCUACCACGAUAAUGUGAAGUCCUUUCUCCAUGCCUGCGUCGCCAGUGAACACUUUUCUGUCAUGAGAUCAAAGUGAAUGUUCUCGUGACAGCGUCGACCUUAUGCUUGGGUCAUAGAUUGACAGUCUCGCACCAAGGUAACGAGGUCGGCAAGCACGUUCUCUAUCUUCCGCCAUAUCGUGCUACACAGUGCACGCGGGUCUAGCUACUUCGACGUAGUAUAUUUGACAGGGACCGCAAGCUCACCCUUCGUUAUUCCUCGAGUAUUUCCAAUGAAAUUAUGAGUGACCCUGCAUUCAGCACAGAGUCGGUCGUGCCUGUAAUAUGUCGACAGCGUCUGGCCCUGAUGAAAAGUGCCACCACACCUAAGCUCAUUAUCGGGCUGCGCCGUUGAAACAUGGCAGUCCACAUUGAAGAGCCAGAAACGUUCCCAGCUCAAUAAUGAGGUGGCCUGCCAAGUAUCAAACGUGCACAUGGUUGCGGUAGCUUCUGGGAUUGCUGAUGAGUACCCAUGCACAUGGUGCGAUUAAUUCCAAUUGAGCAGCUAGGAGGUAUACUUAAGUCUGGAGAGACGAAGGGGAGGACAGCAGUCCCUGCCUUUGGAUCGAGAACAUGUUCUCCCGCAUCCUCGCUCUCGUGCUAGCGGCGACCAGCAUCGCUUCAGCGGUUCCGAUCUUGGAAAAGCGUGCUUCCGUAUCCGGCAUUGACGGUAUGUCAACGCUUUCCUGAGAGAAAUCGUGCUCAUAAAA